AGAACGAGGAGAGGCCGCGCAUGCGCAGGACACAUUUGGGGAGGAAAAAAAAAAAGGAAUACGUCACGACCCGGUGCAGCAGCAGUGUGUGUUCCCAUCACGAAGAGAGAGCGCGAGACUGAACGGAAAGCAACAUCACCGCCUUUUCUACCGGGCAUCUUCACCAACCAACGCCGAACUCGAGUGGAAACACACACAAGUAUACUCAGACUGUCCUCCAGAGUUCCCCCACCUCCUCCUCAAAAUGUCCGUGGGCAGUGACUUUGGAAACCCUUUAAGAAAAUUCAAACUGGUCUUUCUGGGGGAGCAGAGUGUUGGAAAGACGUCUCUGAUCACACGGUUCAUGUAUGACAGCUUUGACAACACGUAUCAGGCCACAAUUGGAAUUGACUUCCUGUCGAAAACCAUGUACUUGGAAGAUCGAACGCUUUCUCUCUCUGAACCCCAGGUGAGGCUGCAGCUCUGGGACACGGCGGGACAGGAGCGCUUCAGGAGCCUCAUCCCCAGCUACAUCCGGGACUCCACCGUGGCCGUGGUGGUCUACGACAUAACAAAUGUUAAUUCAUUCCAGCAGACAUCAAAAUGGAUCGAGGAUGUGAGAACAGAGAGAGGAAGUGAUGUCAUCAUUUUGCUGGUUGGCAAUAAAACAGACCUGUCCGAUAAGAGGCAAAUCACAAUUGAAGAAGGUGAACAGAGGGCUAAAGAGCUGAGCGUCAUGUUCAUAGAGACCAGCGCCAAGACAGGUUACAAUGUCAAACAGCUUUUUCGGCGCGUGGCAGCUGCUCUUCCGGGAAUGGAAAGUAUGCAAGAAACAAGCAAAGAAGGGAUGAUCGACAUCAAGUUGGACAACCCUCAGGAGCCGCAGACUACUGAAGGCGGCUGCUCCUGUUAAUGCUCAGCAUCAUCCUGGGAUAAACACAUCAUUUACACCACAUGCUUGUUAUGUUGCUUCCUAUUGGUUAAUCUGCAGUUGACUUUUGCACGUUGUGAAUCUGGCCUCCUCACCUGACUGUCAGUCACCGGUUGGAACUAGCAAUAUGUGAAUUUGGUUUUAAAGUAGUGUAGCCUACUUUGUAAAUGAAACUGCCAAAAAGUCCAAGAAAGUCCUGGUAAAAAAGACGAAGAUGUAAAAAAAUUCUCCCCAAGUUAUUUUAUGUGGAUACUUUCUUUCUAAGUAGAAAAGGAAGUUUCCCCAGUUUCUGUUUUGUAUUUUUGUAUAUUCAGGAAUAUCUCUCUGAAAAGGUUGCAAACAAAGCUCUUUUUGGGCUUGAUAAGAGCAGAUGGUUUUGGAUGUAUGUUUAUGGAUCCUACUCUUGUUACAGGCAAAAAUAGAAUUCCUCACAACAUUAUUACAGUGAAUGUAGUGAAAUGCUGUCCUUACCCCUGAUCAAUCUUCAAAAACACCAACUAAAAUAAUAAUAAUAAAUAAUACAAAAAUAAUCUUAGUGCACUUGAAGUCCGAAACCUUUUUAUUUGAUCUGAACGUGAAGUGGGCUUAAAGAACUGUUAGUCAAAUACAAGCAGAAACUACAAAAGAUUUCCUUAGGAGACCUAUAAAACAAUACGUCACCAUUAACGUACAGUAAGAAUGUAUGUUAUUUAGUUUAAUAGUUAUAUGGUUAUCUAUUAAAUUGAGCAAUAUGUCAACAGAGUCUGGAGAGUGGCCGGAAAGGCCUUCAGAGCAGUCUGUCCGACGGCUUCAGUCCUUCAGGACAUGUUGCAACAGUAACUGGUCUUUUUGUCAAUGGGUAGUCCUACACAGAGUCACUAUUCCCCUGUAUACUCUUAAGGAUCUUUUUACUUACACAACCAGUUGUAUCAUUUAAGCCUCCUGCCCAUAACCCCCGUGGGAUCCAUAUGUGUGCAAACAGGAAGAGAUCAGCAACAUCUUGAGUAUCUAAUGCAUGCCUAGUUUUUGAGCAUAGGUACUGUCUACCAGUGAACACAAUAUGUACAUUUACACCAGUGACUUAAUGCACUCUGUGUUUUUGUUGAUGAAACUCUCACAAUGGAUUCGUAUACUUGACUUCAGAAUAUCUCUUUGUCGUGUGUGUGUGUGUGUGUGUGUGUGUGUGUGUGUGUGUGUGUGUGUGUGUGUGUGUGUGUGUGUGUGUGUGUGUGUGUGUGUGUGUGUGUGUGUGUGUGUGUGUGUGUGUGUGUGUGUGUGUGUGUGUGUGUGUGUGUAAAUGUAUGCAAAUGUAUGCUUUUGUUAUAGGCAAAGUUAGAAUGCACUUCUAUAGGGCCACUGCCAAGUCGUGUCAAUUGCCACAUAACGGCAUCAUAUUAGUAACCCCCCCCACAACAACAUGCCGGGGCAUUGGGUGGGCAGCGGUGGAGGAUCACAGAGGAGCUGCAGACUGCUGCAGUGUGAUCUAACACGCCUGCUAACAUAACACAUAUAAUCCAGUUCCAUUCCUGACAGAAGACUGAUUUGCACAUGUAGACCUUUCAGGUGAAUAUGAAGCGCUGUAAAGCUUCAGAGUAAAUAUUCAGUCACAAGAGCUGUGUGAGUGACUCGUGUCCCACUAAGAGGCUUUCUUUGCUGCUUGUGUUUAAACUGACUAAUGACGUUAUGCAAUGUGGUUUCAUUCUGUUCUUUUGUUUCAGAGCAGGUAUCAUAAAAUGCUGUUGCAGGAGUCAGCCGCUGUCGAGAACACUUGAUUUGUCUUGUCUUUGAAGUGAAAUCUUUCUGCACUGUUGAAGAACAUGUUUUAGAGUUAUAGUGGCGAUGUAAGUCCUAGAAACAUGGUAAAAAAUAAUCUUAAUGUACAGAACAGUUGGAGUCCUGUGUUUUAGAGUAGACUCGUGAAUUGUUCACACAUUGCUGUCCGAAAAGGAAGCUCUGGUAAAAACUAGUGAACCUUUCUAACACACAUAAAGAGCCAAAUAAUAAUAAUAAGAGACGGAUCCAACAUGGCUUCAUUUCAACUUGUAAUGGCUGAAAAUGAUAGUAAUAAUAUAACCCUCUGUUGCUGCCUAUUUAUUAUCUCAAACAGGAAUGUACUGCUCUCAUUACCCCCCACCCAGCCUUGGAAGAGAGCACUUUGAGAAAUCACUCGAUGGGGAUUUAUUUUUAAAUCAGGACCAAUGAUCCAUCAGUCCAUUAGACGCUCCUUUGUAUUUAUAUUCCUUAAAGAAGAGUCCCCCUUAGAGUCCCAUUUCAGAAUUCCCUGGAAAUGGACCCAGUAUAGCGACAGCUGUCUCUGCGUGUCGGGGGUGAGGAUGGAGGUUCCCGGGGUGUGUGUGUGUGUUCCGCUCUCAUUCACACUGUACAGAGAUCUAGCAUGUCUCUCCAAAUGAUUAAUAAAG